UAAAACCCCCUAUUUUGCUAGUUGUUGCCGAUAACACUCCUUUUCUGAAGAUUCCGUAUCAUGGUCUUUAGAUGUUUGGUUUUAUUUUAUCAUUUGGACUUGCAUGGUUGAAUAUUGAAGGAACAAGAUAUGGAGGAUCAGGAAUCUUUAUUGGGUGACCGUCGACCUUACUCGAAUGGAAGGUUGAGAAAUGGUAUUGCAAACGCCUACCAAUACGCUUAUCCAAAUACAAGACGAACAGGAUUCUGGAGGAUAUCUUUCAUUGUGUAAGUGGGAUUUAUCCUUUUUUAUUUAAAGUACAAAAUGUCCUCUCGUUAGAUACUUGUACUUGAUUGUACUUGAUUGUACUUCUCCAUAUUCUAGUUUUAAGCUUAUCAAGUAACCAACAAAUUAUAGCCCUUGCUUAUUUUUAGCUACACUCUUUUUAACUCCAUUCUAUAUGAUGAAUAAUAAAGUACAACCAAAGGUUAGACAUAUGGAGUUUAGAAAUGUCGUAGGAUACUUCCUACAAGAUGAUCAGAAUACUGAUUCGGAAACCUUUAACUACACGGUGAGUAUCUACAAUCAUAAUGCUGGAUAGCAUACUGACAUAACUUUAGGCGAUGAACUUCGGAUUGAAGGAUCGUGUGUAUGAUACUGAUGCAGAAUUUGACCCAGAGAGGCAGAAGACUCAAUGGGAAAGAUUUGAAAAUCAUAUUGUGAAGCUCAACAAUCAAACUCCUGCCAACGUUCAGUACAAGGUUCUUUACUGUAUGUAUUCGUAAUUACAUCCAUCACAUGAUAUACAACUGACUUUUGGAAGUGGGGCGUCAUGGGGAAGGCUAUCACAAUAUAAAGGAAACUGAAGUGGGAAAAGAAGCAUGGGAUGUAUGUUUUAUCUGAUUUAUAGAGGUAUCUAAUUCUCACUAACUCCAAUAGUGCUACUGGUCUCAUUUGGAUGGAGAUGCCAACUCGACCUGGGCGGACUCUAACCUUGCUCCUACUGGUGUUGCCCAAGCUCUUGUUGCCAACGACUUUUGGCAAACUCUCAUCACCACUCAAAAGAUAUCUCCACCACAAUCUUACUACGUUUCUCCCUUGACUCGUUGUCUGGAGACUUGUUCCCUCACAUUCAGCAACGUAACACUUCCUCCCUCAUCACCUCCAUUCAUACCCAUCAUCAAAGAACUCCUCCGUGAAGGAAUAUCCUCCCACACUUGCGAUAGACGUCGCUCAAGAACCUACAUCCAAGCUCUAGCACCCACCUGGCAAUUUGAAUCCAAAUUCCCGGAAGAAGAUCCAUACUGGCGUGCCAAUUAUUCCGAAACUCACGACGCAGAAAAUCGACGAUUCAAAGCCCUCCUCGAUGAUAUUUUCACGAAUGAUAACAAUACCUUCAUUUCACUUAGUUCCCAUUCCGGAGCUAUCAACACUAUCUUACGGGUAAUCGGCCAUCGAACCUUUUCCUUGAAGACUGGAGCUGUAAUUCCCGUCUUACUUAAAGGACAAAGUGUAUUAAGAGAAGAUCCAAAUCCAAUCUACAAAGGUCCAGUCUAUGCAAAAGAUCCAAAAAUAUGCUCAGCACCUCCAUCUCCAUCCGAUACUCCAAAGCCAGUAAAUGAUAUUGGUUUACAAAAACCCGGCGAGGAUAUUCCUCCUUCACAGCCUCCAGCUCCAGAACCCGCCGAGCCGCUCACACCGGCUGAACCAAAUCCUCCAAUCGACCAAAUCCCACCUACAGAGCCCAUAGAUCCAGCACCCAUAGAAGCGAAUCCUCAUCCUACCGAACAAACCCCUCCACAAAAUAUAGAGGAAAAUCCUCCUCCAAUCGAAGCAAAUCCAUCCACAGAUAUAGGUGCAAAUCCACCCACCGAUUCGAUUCCACCUCCACCAGCAAACCAAGAUUCAAACGCACCACCACCAUCCGAGCACUCAACCGACGUCUAAAUUCAGUACGCAACUCCCUUUAAACAAGACCAUCAAGACCAUCAAGACCAUCAAAACAAACAAACGAACAAACAUAUCUAAUCCCCAGAUCGCAUGCAUGCUAUACCACCUGUCGAACCAACAAAUCAACAAACCAAUAACCCCUUGGGUAUCCCAAAAGAAAUAAACAAUAGAAAUAGAAGUAG